CUCGUUUUUAAAAUUCGCACGAAUCUUGUUACAGAGGUCUACUAAGUGUAUUGUACUAGAAUGAGAAGUCAGUUUUAAAUUCCAUUUAAGUUAAAGACGUAUCGUUUAACAGAUGUUAGUUAUUUUAAAUUACUGUAAUAGUAGAGGCGUUGAAUAUUGAUCGUGUCUUUCUUUGGAAAAAUACAAACAUUUUGUAUUUAGAGUUUGUAACAUCAUUCAAAUCGAGAGACUUCAAGAAAAAACUCAAGUCAUGUCAGCUAAAGAUAAAACACCAAGAGAAUCCAACAGAAAUGUUAACAAACGACCUGGUAAGUCAUUAAGCCAAUUUACGUAGCAUUAAGAUUAAGGUAAGGUUCCCAUGAUCAGGAACUCAUUUGAUACUGUCGCAGUAGAACGACAACGUUUAGAGCUAUGAUCUACGAAAGUUUCCAUUUUUUCACAUUCAAUUAUGGUAUGUUUUGAAUUGGUUCCUAAAACAGUUUUUUCUUCCUUUUCUUGAAUCACAAAAAAAAAAAUAAAAAAAAUAAAAAAAUAUAUAAAUAGAUACUCUUUCAUUCUGACCAAACUAAGGAUUUUCAUAACCAUGUACAUUAUCCCAGCUGAUUAUUGCAACCAUGACAUAAUGAAUCUCUGUCUUGGGUGGUCUUUGUGUCCUUCAGCGCAGAUGGUACACCAAAGAGUUUUCUAACAACUCUCUCUUCUCAGUAAUUUUUCUCUUUUUAUCUCUCUAUCUCUCUUUCUCUUCUCUCUCUCUCUCUCUCUCUCUCUCUCUCUCUCUCUCUCUCUUGGUUCCCCUCAUUUCUCUCCCCUUCUCUAUUUUCUCUUCGUUAUCCUCCCUCUUCUCUUACCCUAUUUUCUGCCUUUUCUCUCUCCCUCCCUCUCUCUCUCUCUCUCUCUCUCUCUCAUUCGUUUUAUGUCUUUUCUCUCUCUCUUCUUUUUAUUAUAUCUUUACUCGCUCUGAUCUCUAUAUUUUCUCUCUGAUUUUCCUCUCUGUCUGUUCUCUAUUUUCUCUCUCCUCUAUCUUCCCUCUCUCUCGCUCUUCUCGCUCUCGCUCCAAGGCCGGCGCUAGGAGGGUGUUGCGCCUGGGGCUAAUUGAAUUUUGCGGGGUCGUUGACGUUAUAUAUUCCGCAGAUAGGAUAUUAAGACAUUUUAUAGUCCUAUAGGGGCCUUGCUGGUCAUGAUGGGACGCAUCAUAAAUGAUAGUUGUGUUGACUGGAUUAGGAACUAUUAGUAGGCUUAGGUAUAUUAUAAAUAUACUACGGCAAUGUACGAGGCCCCGCAAACGUUUGCGUGGCCUUGGGCAGUCGCCCACUUCGCCAUCCCCUAGCGCCGGCCCUGCUCGCUCGCUAUAUAUACAUCAGAUUCUGCCAGCCUAUUUCGUAUGAUCUAAAGAUAACGUGUUAUCGUAACAAACAGACGUGGUAAGCUCGGCGAAGAUGUCUCAUUAAGGUUUCUCAAGAAGGCUAGAACUAGCCUCUAGCUAACUUAGAGAUCUCCAAUUGGUUCCUGUGAGUACAGCUGCAUAGAAGGCUUGGCACCGGAAUAUCUUAAAGAGCUGAUUUAUAAACAUGCAUCCUCAAAGCGGCCUUCAACACAGUCCUUUUUGAAAAAUCCCAGUGUGGAUGAACAAAGAAAAAAGAAUGUCUUAUAGAGUGCGCUCUUUUGAAGCGACAGCACAAAAUUAUGGAACAGUUUGCCUCAAACUUUAAGGGGAAUUGAAAAUUAUGAACAAUUAUUUAAGAAACAUUUUAAAACUUUUUUUUGGGGUUAUAUAAAUAUCCAAUCAAUCAAACUAAAAAUGAUUCAUUUCCUUUGUAAAGUCGAGGGUAUACUCUUAAACCUUUGGUAGCUAUUCAAAGGAAAGCCUCGUCAAACGGUAAUCGCCAUUGAUUAAACAUUUCUUUGGUUAAACCUUUCAAAGGUUACCCCCACCCCCGUUCCCCCCAAAUCGUCAUUCGGGCACCCUUCGAUUUCACGUUCCGUUGUUUCAGUGGCCACGAUAUGAGUCCACGGUUAGCUCCGUACGGGGGACGCAUCCAUGUAGGCGGGUUAUUGCCUGGCAGUUCUCAGUUCGUAGCUGUUUGUUGACGUUUUUUUUUCAGCUUGCACCAGUUUCCAACAGGGAUCGUUCUUACUCACCUUAGCAGCAGGUUCCUGUAGAACUUUCGUCCCGUGUCUCCUACGAGCCAGGAGUUGAGCAACUCAUCGUGAAAGUGCUUCUGAGCCAGUGCUUCUGAGCCAGUGCUUCUGAGCCAGUGCUUCUGAGCCAGUGCUUCUGAGCCAGUGCUUCUGAGCCAGUGCUUCUGAGCCAGUGCUUCUGAGCCAGUGCUUCUGAGCCAGGCUUUGACUCACACAGGCCCACCCACACGGUCACUUUUACUUCUUACCUUUAAGAACGUUUAACAGACUUGGGCUGUUAAAUUGCUGUACGCUGCACGCGCGGACUUGGGCUGUUUUAUUGCUGUACGCUGUUAUGAGCAGCCGUCAUCUUCCCUUCGGGGGCUUUCUUCCGAACUUUCAGUCUUCUUUUCACAUGCACUUUUAGAAUAUCGUGCAUAUAAGGCAUUGUCAAGGUCAUGAGGUCAUCAUCAAUGUGUGUGUUUUGAAUUGGUGACAAAUCGGGCUAGUAGGCCAGGGUGAAUGCUUUUCAUGUCACGGACGAAUGCUAUUUAGAAUGAACGAGGCAUAAGAUUUUGGGAUGAUAAAAGGGGAGGCAACUUUUUGAGUGGUCAGUAUUAUGUUCACAGACGUAUAAUGAACUAGGAUCUUUGAGUUAGUGUGUGAGAUAGGGCGAGCGACAGCGAGACGUGUCUGUUUUUAUAGAGAUUCGCUUUGCUUUGUUUUGUUGAGAAGAAUAUUGUGCUACAUAUGGAUUCAUGUCGCAACUUAACUGUGAACCCGAGUGAUGUUGCAAUGCUGUCAGAAAUAGACGCCUUAUAUAACAUGAAGCUUUGAGAGUUGGUUGAAUCAAACUAGUCCGUUAGGUGACAAGGAUUAUACACCAUCUCAAAAGUCGACAGAAUCAUAAGACCCUAGACAAGCACAAAUAUUUGACAAAAACAAGAAAAAUUGACAAUUAUACAUUCUUUCUUGAGAUUUUCUUCCUUUAAUCUCAAAUGUCGUUGUAACACAGCUACUCUGACAUGGCGUGGGAUCUUAUUUCUUAUGCUGUGGGUUAUGUCAGUAGUAUGGUUACUUAUGUUAUGUUGAUAUUUCAGGAUGCCGACUAAGACUUCUUCAUUCUUCCACUUAUUAUCCGGGCACGCAAAUAAGAAUACUGAAUCCUGGUUAAACUUACAGUACUUUAUUGAACACACUUUAUAUUGAUAAUAUUAAUAAAUAAUCCUUGCAUGAAUGUAAUUUCACAUAUAUAUCUAUAGUAUUCCAUCAUUAAGAAAGACACGUCCUCACACUACUAUAACUCAGCUCAACUGUCUUACAUCUCAACUCUAACUCAACUCCGACUAACUCUGACUCUCCUUGCGCUCAGCUCUCCUUAUCUCAGUCAACUCAUACUUUAUUACCAGCAAAGCGUGGAAAACAACCGCUCUGACAAAAACAUAAUUUUACUCUCCAAAAACGUGGAGCUCACAUUGUCCUCUCAAAAUACAUGGUCAACACAAUUCACUGUUCACUCAUGCUACCUCUCUGUUUUCAUGUGAAAACAUAGUCCGUUACAGUCGUGCCACCCAACGAUAACCGGAUUCGACAUACAGCAAAGUGAUCUUGGCCUCAGUUUAGAUCUAGUACCUCUGCCAUUUGGCUCUACUGAUUUUACAGUGUCACUCUCCGAAGCAUGAUUUGAUCGUGGUCAGGUCUAUCUCUAACAGUGUUGGGAGUUGAUCACUUCCAGACAGGCCAAGAACCGCCAGUCUGUGCUUGGACAGAUUAGAUUAGCAUCAGAUCUGGUGUUGCACUCGGUUCUAUUUCACGUGUGCAGCAGUGUGGGGGCGCUCACCACGUUCUGCAACCUGAUGAGAUUUGCAGCGAGGCAGACAUCCUCAGUGUAUCGCCCCAACGCAUUCCUUUCCAACAGCCCCAGUCCGGUGACUGGGUAUUUAAGUCUCCUGCCAUUAUUGUUCAGCCCAAAACCAUGUUUUCUCCUAAUGGUAAGAGGAUUGGGUUUCGGGGCUUUUUGUAGACGUUGAUCAUCGUAAACGUAACGUCUUUGUUUAGCAUUCUUCCGUUAAGAGUAUCGGUCUUGCUCUGAAGUUCUUCACUUCUAUCAUCUCAGAUCUCAACAGUAAGAUCGAUUCGAACCGUUGUGACAGGGCCUCGAUAUCGGAUGCUUUUGCAGUGGUAUAGUGAACAAGUUACAGUGAAAAUCUUUUAAAACGAAACAGUGGGCACUGAAAUAUUUCUUAGUGUUAAAAGAUUUGCAUGUUAAACGAUGCAUAAAAUAAAUAUACUCACCUAAUUACAUUUAUUACAGUACAUCUAAUUAGAUGCACUAUUUACAUUUCAUAUAUUUUGCACAUACAUAUGUAUGUAUGUCUGCAUUUAAUUGGAGAAAAAAACCAACAAUAAAACGAACAAAAAUAUGAAAAAAAAUAUUUUAUAUUUCAAAAUUUAUAAACACAGAGAAAAGUUAUUCAUUUUUAUUUUUUAAAUAUAAUCAUUUUUUUGUUUGUUGCUUUGUAUUUUACCAUCAAAUUGACAACACAUUUUUCUAUAUCAUCAAUUGCAUUAUUCCUUUCAAAUUAGCCUUCUUUCACACGAGACAACGCCUCGUUUAUUUUUUCAGACCCCUCUACAUUCUCGCCGGCAGGUGGAUGUAUUUUGUUCAUUCCGGGAAGCGAAAUCUUUUCGUGUUGAGUGAUAUUAAUUGUGUGCAAAAACCAAAAAAAAAAUCGAUAAAAACAACUAGUAUUUUAUCGGGACCGUAUUCUUAUUUUGCGUUAACCGAUGUAAAACGGAUUCCCAGGAACCGUUCAGCAGCGUUUCUUGGAAAACGGCUACAUCAACUUCACGUUGGUAGAGCACUUAUUUCGUGCACCAUUUGUAUUAUGACACACAUAUUCAGUGUUGGGACCACCGGUGUUUGGGGAUGGUGAUCUCUAGCACCACAUCGAUCACGGUUAGUCACCUUUUCACUCCUGCUGGCCUAUUGCUGGUCACUUACGCCAGAUAGGGCCUCCCCCAGAAGCCAUGUGUGUCGUAGUGAGGAUGUCCCUGAGCAACCUCAACAAGAAUAGUUCCCCGCGAUAACCUGUUCCGCAAAAUCUACACAUGUGUGUGAAGAAGGUCAUGCAGACCUGGGUUAUUUGCCUCAAUCGUACAAGCCCCCAGAGUAGAGAGGAAGAACAAAUAGUAUAAACUUCCUAAGGUCUCCCAGGCCCCAUGUCCAUGAAGUCAUUGAAGUACAAAAUUCAACAUCAUACCUUGCAACCAUAAACAACACAGGCUAAUAUACAUCUAAAAGAUAAUAGCUAGAUAUACAAUAACAACCCAGCAAGUGUUUGCGAAAAAGAUAAGUCUUCAAAUCAGUUUUGAAAGACUCCAGUGUCUGACUUUUUCUGAUAGCGAUAGGCAGUGUGUUCCAAAGUUUUGGGCCAGCAAAUGCGAAAGUGCGCCCUCGUAAGUCUCAAGACGUACACGUGGUAUCGAGAGUUUGCCACUAUCAGAUGAGCCUAGUUGUCUAGUGGUCAUAUAAGGCGUAAGUAGCGCUUUGAAAUAGGACGGCGCCAGGUCAUGUAAGCAGCGGUAGCACAGAGUUGCAAUUAUGUACUCUAUGCGAGCAUGGACCGGUAGCCAAUGCAACUCUCUCACAAGUGUUUUAGCAUGAUCGAAUUUGCGUUUUUGAAGAACAAUGCGAGCCACAUUAUUCUGUGCUUUUUUAACUUUAUCCAGGAGCGUAGCUGGAAGACCCACCAUAAGAGCACUGCAUUGGUCCAUACGUGAUAGCACGAAUGCAGACAUCAGCGUCUUCGAUGCGUCUAAUGUUAAUAAAGGUCUGAUAUGACUAAUUCUGCGCAGCUCUAGAAAAAUCGCCUUGCAAAGCAAGUUAAUGUAAUUUUCCAUAGUUAGUGUUCUGUCUAAGUAGACACCCAGGUUUCGCACUGUUUGAGUAAACUCUAUCUGUAUACCUGAGAGAGUAAGGGUUUGUGUGUUAAUUAUAUAUUUUAGCUUUUGAGCGGUAGCAAUGGGGAUCAGCUCGGUCUUUUCAUCGUUCCAUUUAAGCUUGUUUAUGGUCAUCCAGUGCUUAGCUGACUCCACUGUCUUCUUUGUCAUACUAAGAAGUUAAGGGAACUGAGAGCGGUGCACAGAUAUCUGAAGUUGAGUAUCAUGUGAUAUAGCAUAUCAAACGGCUUUAUCACUGCACCCAGGGGCUGAAGGUACAUAGUGAAAAGCACUGGGCCUAGGACCAAGCCCUGGGGUACUCCGAAUUCGAUGAUAGAUUAUUAGCUUCCUUUGCGCUCAAAGUCUCCUAAACUCAAUCACCAGGUAGAUAAACGAUACUUUGCAAUAGCCUCUAGCCAACUAGGCUAGACUAUAGAUCAACAGCGACAGAAACAAAUAUAUCAUUUUAAGACAAUAAAAACAGACAUUAGCAAAAUCUAGCAAGAAAUAUCUCGAAAAGAUAUAGAUCAUAUAAUUUAGUUUUUGAAAUAUUAUCUAUGUCUAGCAAGUCCAUCAAGACAAGAGCGGCCUGGAGGCAUGGGGAAAAAGCAGAGAGCAAGAUUUAGUGACAAUCAAAAGGUAAAAUCUAUUUGAGUAACACUUACUGUGUAAGCCUUUGAAUUAAAUUAACAGUAUUCUAAAUCAUUUUUAAGCUCAUGUUUAGUAAAAUUAGUUUUUUACUGAACAUAACCAUGUUUAAUUCUCAUGUGUUUGUUUUAAAUAAUAUUUUAGUUUACAUUAAUCAUACGCAUCACACCGAUGGGAUAUCAGACACGCGUUAUAAUAAAUAUGUAACAAAUACACAUUGACCAAAUGUAUUCAAAAACAAUAACAUUGAUUAAAGGUGUGUUUCAACAUUAAAGGAAAAUUUCCUUAAACUUAAAGUUAAACAAUGUUAAGUUAAAUUUUCAUUUUUUUUCAGCGGGCACCCUGACCCUAACCUGAUAAUAAGAAUCUCAUGAAAUGAGUUGUGCUUUCCGUUUUUGUUGUAACACGCAGUAGUCAUAUUGCAGUAUUCAUAUUACAGUAGUCCUAUAGCGUUAAUCCUAUUGCAGCAGUCCUAUUGCAGUAGUUCUAUUAUAACUAAGUCAUCAUCCAUGGUUUAAGUUCGGAUAUGCCGUAUCAGAUUUCCCAAUUUUUAUAUUCUAAAAAGCUAAGAUAAUUACUGUAACGGACUAUGUUUUCACAUGUAAACAGAGAGGUAGCAUGAGUGGACAGUGAGUGUGUUCACCAGGUUUUUCCACGGGGAGAGACAAUCAAUGUGGAUUGUAUUUUUGAGAACAAAUGUGAACUCCACGUUUUUGGAGAGUAAAAUUAUGUUUUUGUCAGAGCGGUUGUUUUGCACGCUUUGCUGGUAAUAAAGUAUGAGUUGACUGAGAUAGUAGGGAGCUGAGCGCAGAGCAGUAGAGUCAGUCAGUAGCGUGAGAGCUGUGAGAUUAGACAGUUGAGCUGAGUUAUAGUAGUCUGAGGACGUGUCUUUCUUAAUGAUGGAAUACUAUAGAUAUAUAUGUGAAAUUACAUUCAUGCAAGGAUUAUUUAUUAAUAUUAUCAAUAUAAAGUGUGUUCAAUAAAGUACUGUGAGUUUUAACUAGAAUUGAGUAUUCUUCUUUACGUGCCUGAAUAAUAAGUGAAAGAAUGAAGAAGACUGAGUCGGCAUCCUGAAGCGUUAAUAUAAGUAACCAUACUACUGACAUAACCCACAGCAUAAGAAAUAACAUCCCACGCCAUGUCAGAGUAGAAGUGUGUUACAAAUGGUGUCAGAAGCGGUGUAACGACGAUGCGUUACAAAUAUUGUCAGAAGUGUCAGAACAACGAUGUAUUACAGAACAUUGAGUAACAAUGAUAUAUUUUAACAUUCGAAUCGAACGUCAUUACGCCCGAGUAUUUGUCAAGUCUGAGAAGAGUCCACGACACACAGAGCAAGCUGACAACGAUUGAAUUUAGGUCAGUCACGGGAGUCAAAAGUUGAGAGUUCAAACAGCUAACUGGUACACUGUUUCAAUUAUAUAACAGUGGAGUGAAUAUUCUCGUGGAAGAAACAGCAAGAAAUCUAUUUUACAGUUAUUAGUCAACGAAAGAGAUGAUCCACACAAAACCAAAAGAAGUCUGAUGUCAUUACAGAUGAGAUGUUUUAUCAAGACAGCGGAAGUAAGAUUUCCCCAGCAUAAUCUUUACUUUAUACAAGCCGCACAGUUCAAGUCAAGUAAUUCUUCAAGUAAUUCUUCAAUUACUCACAAGUGCAACAGAACCGGAGAGAAAUUAGACAAUUUUCAAUUAUUGGAUUAUCACAAUUACACUAUUACGCAAGGUACUUACAUUGGAGUAUUGCAGCAAUUUGUGGUGUAACUUUUCUCAUUGGAUUAUUUUACCCAAGUACACUACCACAUAGGAUUAUCUACUACCUAGAAGGAGCAUCUACUACAUAGGAUUAUCGAUUACACAGAAAUCAUAGCGUCACAGAGGAGCAGAGGUGACCAACUACAGAUUUCUUUUGGACACUUUCACUUGGUAUUUAUGUAUAUUAUGUUAUGUAUUAUAUAUAUAAUUUAAGACUUUAAAAAUAUACUUAUAUCAUACUUAAUUAGAUUAAGUAAAUUUUUUACUUUUUCUGUGUAAUAUAAGUUUAAUUUUAGAGUAUACUGUAGGGACAUCCACGGUGUUAUCUUUCCUAGGGAAGUUUUUUUAUUAAAACGGUAAAGGUUUCUUCUGGCCCUAUUUAUAACACUGUAGGAUAAUUUUGUGUUAGCUGUGAAGUCUAGUUUGUACAUUGUCAUAACUGUUGUUUUUUAGUAGAUCGUGUCAUAUUUGUGCUAUUUGUCUUGUCAUUGUUAUACAUAUUGUCAACCUACUGUCAUAUUUUCUACUAUCUUGUGGUCCAUAAACUACACAGUACUUUUGUAUUUGUUGUCUCAUUUGUAUACAUGUAAACGUCUACAUAUCUGUAUUUAUGUUGUGAAGUAGACAAUUUAAUUAUUUUAAAUUUUUCUUACACUUAUUUAUAACUUAUAAUUCAUGUAUCAACUUGCAUUUGUGUAUACAUUCAUUAACAUGUAGAUAUAUGAAAUAUCGUAAACUAUUUUAAUUGAUAACCAAAGAAUAAGGAGAUAACUGAUAUACUGAUACAUAACAAUAUAAUUUUAGUUACUCACAUUACACAUAAAAAAUGGCAGAGUACUUGGAAUUAUUAGAAGUAGGUGAGAAGCUUGGUUUGAAGCAGGAGAAAUUAACUGACUUCGUAACUCGAGAAAUGGACAAAAUACGAGACAGACAGAAAGAAGACAAAGACCGACAAGACAAAGACAAAGACCGAGAAGCUAGAAUGUUAGAGAGAAACGAUCUUAAACAAAUAGAAGAAAUGAAAUUAAAAGGACAAAAAGAAAUAGAAGAACUUAAAUUAAGAGAACAGGAUAUGAAAUUAAAAGAACAGGAUAUGAAAUUAAGAGAGGAAGAAAUAAAACUAGAAAGAGCUAGAAUAGAAUCAGGACAGCAUACACCAUCAACAAGCAAUAGAGAAACCAAUAGCACAUAUAAACCCAAAUUUAGAGAAUUUAAUGAACAUAAAGAAGAAAUUAUUAGUUAUCUGUCACAAUUUGAAGGCAUAUGUCAGUCUUACAAUUAUAGAGAAGAGACUUGGGCUAAUAUUUUAUUGAGCAGAUUAUCAGGGAAAAGCCUAAGCAUUAUCAAUUCACUUAGUGAAGAACAAAAGAAUAAUUAUACAUAUAUAAAGAAAGUUUUGUUAAAGUUCUAUGGAAACACAGAAGACAUUUAUAGAAAAAAUUUCCACAACAUAAGACUAGAGAGAGAAGUAGAUCCUAACACCACCAUAUUCAAUAUUAGAGACAAUCUUGUCAAAUGGCUUGAAUUAACUGAAAUUGACCUAAAUGAUCCAAAAGCAUUACUGGAUAUGUUUAUCAUAGACAAAAUAUUAAGAAAUGCAUCAGUCUCUUUAUUUUCAUUCCUUAAAGAGAGAAAGAUUAAAAAUGAGCGUGAGUUAGUUGACUCAAUCACAACAUUUAAAGAUGCUCACCCCAAUGAAGAGCUAGACAAUAGAAACAGCACACUAGCCUCUAUUAGAAACACACCCAGUGAUAGGGACAGUCAAAAACAAAACACAUAUCAAAACAGAAGAUACCAUAGCCUACCUGCCAGAUGGCAAAACAAUAAAUUUCAGAAAAGUCAUCAAAACAAUUACCAAACACCAUAUACUAAUUAUUCAAACAACAACAAAUGUUUCUACUGUGGCAUUCCAGGUCACAAAAAAUAUGAGUGUAGGAAAUUACAUAGAGAUUUAGGACAUUCACAACAAUACUAUCAGAGAACAUCACCCAACAGUAGUCCAAUUAGAUACAACAGUGCAAAUAGGAGUAGACAACCAUAUAAAAAUCAAAGAUAUAAUUCCAAUCAGACUAACAGUAGACAAAACACCAAACCACAUGAAACUUUAGCUAGCGCAUGUCACAGUGAAGGAAGUUUACAAUUUUUUCCUUCUUAUGUAAACAACCAACUUGUUCAGUGUCUAAGAGACACAGGUUGUACAACAAUAGUAGUUGACAAAAAAUUGAUUGACCCUAAAGACCAUAUAUCUGAAAAAACCACAGUCAUGUUAGCAAAUAACACAAAAGUUGAAUGUUAUAAAGCAGUAGUGGACAUAGACUGUCCAUGGUUGACAGGAAAGGUAACGGCAGUACUUAUGGACAACCCAGUAUGUCAGUUAAUAAUUGGAAAUAUUAAAGAAAUUCCAGAUAAUUCCCAAGAACUAUUCUUAAAUUGGAUUGAAUCAAAAAAUUUAACCAAAGAAUAUAUAAGUGCAAUAACAAGACAACAACAUAAAACUAGUCAGACACAGCCCGAAAUAGAAGAAAAAUUAGACAUUCCAAAACAAAUAUCUAGAGAAGACAUAAUUAGAAUGCAGACAGAAGAUAGGCAAAUUCAGGACAUUAGAAACAAAAUUAAGGACAAUAACACAAUUUAUAGAGGACAUAAUUACACAAUAAAACAUAAUAUUCUAAUCAGAAAUUUUGAGAAAGGUGAAAUCAAAAAAUCUCAAAUAAUAGUACCAUUAAUACUCAGAAACAAAAUACUCAACCAUGCACAUGACAGUCCUUUGGCUGGACACAUGGGUAUAAAAAAAACAUUAGAAAGGGUCACACAGAAUUUUUAUUGGCCAGGCAUACACAAGGACAUAAAGAAACACAUAAACAAAUGCAUACCAUGUCUGACAAAAAACCCAAUACACAGUAAACACAGAGCACCCAUACAACCCACAGACAAAAUAGGUAGAAACUUUGAGAAGGUAGCUAUAGAUAUCAUUGGUCCUCUUAAUCCACCAUCAAAUAAGGGACACAAAUUUAUUUUAACCAUGAUUGAUAUGGCAUCUAGAUGGCCAGAGGCAAUUCCCCUCAAAAACAUUAAUUCAGAAACAAUUUGCAUGGCAUUAUUAGAUGUAUUUACAAGACAUGGGUUCCCUGAUAAAAUAUUGUCAGAUAAUGGAACACAGUUUACUUCCAACUUAACCAAUGCAGUUACAAAAAUGCUAGGUAUAAUACAAGUACAUUCCACAAUAUAUAGACCACAGGCUAAUGGUAUGGUAGAACGAUGGAACAAAACACUAAAAACAAUGUUAAAUAAAACAACAAUAGACCACCCUAGAGAAUGGCACCUAUAUAUACCCAUGGUUUUAUUCGCCUAUAGAGAGAGUAUACAAGACACCACUGGGUACUCUCCAUUUGAGCUAAUGUUUGGGGCCAAUCCAAAGGGACCGUUAACUCUUUUUAAAGAAAAUAUUUUAGGCCAGAAAGGCACACAACAAGACACAUUUGACAUAAUUACAAAAAUUAGAGAGAGGAUUACAUAUGGCAUAGAAAAUGCUAAAGAAAACACUGAUAGGGAGUCUAAAAGACAAAGACAUAUAAAGAAUACACAUAGAUACCUCAGAGAUCUUAAAGUACAUGAUAAAGUUUUGGUAUGGUUGCCAAACAAUAAUGGACAAAAGAUUUGGCAGGGUCCGUUUACAAUUCAUGACAAGUUAAAUUUAGUUGAUUAUGUAAUUCACAUGAAGGGUGAAUUGAAAGUCCUACAUGUGGACUUGCUCAGAAAAUAUGACUCUGUUCCUGAAGAGUUAGAAACCAUCAGUAAUGAAAUAAGUAGCACAGCCACCGUUGCUAGUGUUAUACAAUUAGAAGACAAUGAAAAUAACACCACAACAAACAGACACUUAACAACAAUUCUAAAAGAAUACAAAGAUGUCAUCACAGAGAACAUAGGACACACUAGCAGUUUAGAACACAAGAUAAUAUUAACACAGGAACCCACAUUCAAACACAAAAUCUAUCCAAUUCCAUAUGCAUUUAGGGAAGAAGUAAAGAAAGAACUAAAUCAUUUAAUACAGACUAACAAGAUUAAAAGAUCAGAUUCACCAAUAGCAUCACCCAUGGUAGUAGUAAAAAAGAAAAAUGGCCAGUGCCGUAUAUGUUGUGACUAUAGGGAGUUAAAUAAAAUCACACAAUUAGAUGCAGAACCCAUGAGGGACACCAGAGAACUACUGGAAGAAAUAGGCUCCUCCACAUUAUUCACCCACUUAGAUUUAAACAGAGGAUUCUGGCAAAUAGGCAUGCAUCCGGAUUCCAUGCCUUUGACUGCAUUUGCCACAGAGGAAGGCUUGUUCGAAUGGACAGUAAUGCCAUUUGGUCUAGUUAAUUCCACCGCAACAUUUUCUCGAUUCAUGCGAAUCAUGUUAGAAGGCAUACCAAAUGUAGUACAUUUUGUCGAUGAUAUCUGCAUUCACACUAAGGAUAUGAAGACACAUAUAGAGACUAUAAAAACAGUACUAAACAAAUUAAGAGCACAUGGAGUUACAAUAGCACCAAACAAAUUAAAGUUUGCACAAGAGGACAUUGAAUUUUUAGGAUUUAAAGUCGGUAAAAACACAAUUCAGCCCACAGAACACAACAGAGGAAAAAUACUAAAUAUAAAAACACCACACACUCAGAAAGAAGUAAAAGCCAUUUUAGGUUUGUGCAAUUUUUACAGCACUUUUGUUCCAAAAUUUUCUGAUGUUACACUACCCUUAAGGAAACUAAUAAAUAAAGAUAGCAAGAAACAAAUAGUAUGGACGGAUGAAUGCGAAAAUACACUGAGAACAAUCAAAGAAAUUUUCCAAAGUGACAACAUAUUGUUAUCACCCAAUUUUAAACAGUCUUUCACUCUAGUUACAGACGCCUCCAACAUUGGAUUAGGAGCUUGCCUUAUGCAAGAAUACAAUCAUAAAUUAAGACCAAUUACCUAUUUAAGUAGAGCAUUAAGCAGAACUGAAAUUAACUACUCAACCAUUGAAAAAGAAUGCUUAGCAAUUGUGUGGGCACUUACCAAACUACAGAAAUAUCUAUUAGGCAGAAAAUUUACAUUAUUGACUGAUCACAAGCCAUUAAUGGCACUAAAUAGAAAGAAAAUAGCGAAUAGUAAAAUAAACAGAUGGUCGUUGAUACUAUUAGAUUAUCAGUAUGAGAUAAGGACAAUAAAAGGAAAAGACAAUACAGUAGCUGAUUUCCUUUCCAGACACAUUGAACAUGCAGACAAUGACAAAGACACUGACUUAAGACACAUUAGUCAGACAUUCUAAAUGAAUAUACACACAUACGUUCACUCAGUUUUUUGAUAAGACACUUGUACAUAUCAAUUUUUGUAAAUGAAUAUCAGAUUUUAACCGAUUGUAAAUUUUCUAAUGCAAAAUUUAAGAUUGUUACAUUCAUUUUGCAGUGUUUAUUAUUCAUUAAGAUGUUAAUGUCACUUCACAUUAUCAUACAUAAAGAUUUUAAGAGGUUGUCAUUGGUGAUUUUUUAAUUUUUUGCCAGGGUAAAUUAUUCACUAUUAAGUGUGAUAUUAACAGUAAAAGACUCUGUAUUUCAUAAUGAUGAAAUGUUAAUGUUGUUACACUGAUUUGAUUGUUAGAUGUGGGAUUGAAAAUUUCUAAGAGACAUUAUCAUUAUUUCAGCAUAUUAUUUUGUGCCAAAAAUUUUGUUGCACAAAAUUUUUUCAGAUGGGUGGGGCAUGUAACGGACUAUGUUUUCACAUGUAAACAGAGAGGUAGCAUGAGUGGACAGUGAGUGUGUUCACCAGGUUUUUCCACGGGGAGAGACAAUCAAUGUGGAUUGUAUUUUUGAGAACAAAUGUGAACUCCACGUUUUUGGAGAGUAAAAUUAUGUUUUUGUCAGAGCGGUUGUUUUGCACGCUUUGCUGGUAAUAAAGUAUGAGUUGACUGAGAUAGUAGAGAGCUGAGCGCAGAGCAGUAGAGUCAGUCAGUAGCGUGAGAGCUGUGAGAUUAGACAGUUGAGCUGAGUUAUAGUAGUCUGAGGACGUGUCUUUCUUAAUGAUGGAAUACUAUAGAUAUAUAUGUGAAAUUACAUUCAUGCAAGGAUUAUUUAUUAUUAUCAAUAUAAAGUGUGUUCAAUAAAGUACUGUGAGUUUUAACUAGAAUUGAGUAUUCUUCUUUACGUGCCUGAACGAUAAGUGAAAGAAUGAAGUCGGCAUCCUGAAGUAUUAACAUAAGUAACCAUACUACUACUGACAUAACAGCAUAAGAGAUAACAUCCCACGCCAUGUCAGAAUAGUACUGUGUUACCUGUACAAGACUCAUAAUGCAUAUUAAUUUUAGUCGCAAAAUAAAAUAAGAAUAUAAUUUAAAUAAACUGGGGGGAAAUGUUAAGAAAACAAGAAACGUGUUAACGUGUGAUACUUUUUCCUUAUGUUAUCGUUGAUAGUUGAUAUGUUCAACAUUUCUCUCAUUAUUUCCACAAGGUUGAGCCGGACGUUGAUCAAGAAAAUAUGGGAGGUUCAUAUCAACUGGAUUUAGACAUUUUAAAAACGGGUUCGUUUGUUAAGAUGUUAUCUUAAAACUGCAUCUUUAACAGCAGAUAAAUGAGUUCUAGUUUUAAUAGAAUUACUAAUACUUGACUUAAUUACAAAAAUAAUGUUAAAUAUAUGUCAACUAUCGAUAUUUAUUUAACGAUAAAAUAUUUUUUUUAGAAAUAGAUAGAUAGCAAGCAAGCUUACCUAUUCAUGUCAGUAUUCUCAGCUUGUGCAAAAAGGGGUUUUCGUAGCAAUUGUUGAGUAGCUAAUUUUCGUCCUUUAUUUGGUCGCCCUUCAAUCAAGAAAACCAUAAAAGAUAUAAAGUACUUAUUAUACAUUAGAUGUAUUCUGUGUAUGCAGUUUAGCAAAAAAAUACCACCCUCUCAAAUGUGCGCCCCACUCCAAAAUUUUCUUACGCCCGUGUAUUGAAGACAUGGCCAGAAUUUAUUUGGACAUGUAUAACCAGAUUUUAUGGUCACGACAACCUCCUCUUUAAUUUCAGAACUUGCCGACGAUUGGUCCGACUGCUAUGAAGCUGAGGCAUCCAGUUUUCGUGAAUAUCCCUGUGACAAGAAAAACCACGAUGAAUAUGUCCCCAUUGACGAGCUUAGCUUUCCUACACUGCCGGAAACUUAUGACAGCGAGGACAUUGAGUCUGUUGUUGGUGCCCUUAGAAAACUUGUCGUCAAAAUUGUAGUAAGACAUUCAAGUCCCAAAAGGCCAAAGGUAUUCACAGGGACCAAUACCGAAUUUCCCAAAGGACCUUGUCGCGGGACAGGAAAAAUAAUCUUCUCUGAAAGGAAAUGGGAAUCGGGUCACGAAUGGGGUGAGAUUAAAAUAGCUACUAGCAGGCAUGUUGUUUUUGAUCAGAGUGAAGCUGAACACACAACUUGUAUCUUAAAUUUUGACAAUGAAGAUUCGGAUGUCAUUGAAUUGAAAUGUUCUAAUGUUAAGUAUGCAAGUACUAUUGAAGACAAUUGUGUGUUUAUUUGCAAAACUGAUAACAUGACUCUUGUCAAGCAGCUAAGGAAUUAUAUUUAUGAUUUCAUAUUCAUCCAUGAAGAACUUUACGAGAAAUAUAGACAUGUGCCUCAAAAUGAUUUAGUUCUCAUGGUGUCUCAUCCACAUGGUCAGACGAAGAAAGUGUCUAUAGGCUCGUGCGCUGACCCCAAUACAAACACAUAUAAACUGGCUUCAUGCAAAGGUAGUAGUGGGGCGCCUAUCUACAGGUUGAACCAAAAGAAGGUAUGGGUUCUUGAACUGCACAGCCUCGGUGGAAAAGAAAUUGCAGUGAGUGGGAUCAAAGUUUAAAAAGUAAACACAUUGUUUUAAAGAUUGGUACACUGCUCAAUGACAAAACCAUAGACUUAAAAGAAGAAAUAACUUUGAAUAAUUUAAAUAAGUUUAUUUAUUUUUUUUAUAAUUUAUGAUAAUUGUCACUAGUUCCUACAACCAGUAUGCCUAUAGAAAGGGUCGCCAUCCCUAACAGCUUGACGGACUAUGUGGAUAACACAUUGUUUUAAAGAUUGGUGCCAAUCUAUGCUUCAACUCGUUCACUGACCCUCACUUUCCUAUCUAUCUCUCUGAACUUUUGCUUCCUUACAAAAUAAAAUGAGUAAACCAGAGUAGGGUUAAACCUGAAAAAAUAAACGCAACAAAACAGCGAACGUGUCGACAGAAAGCCUUCGUCAGCGAACAAAACAACAGAAAAAACGCCGUUGCAUAUUUAAACUCUCACUCACUUUACUUCUGCCACACUUCUAUUGCUGCCCACUGAUACUACUUACCAGUUUAGUGAUAUUUCUUAUUUUUAUUUUUAUACCUUUUUUCUGUCGUUUUGUUCGCUGACGAAGGCUUUCUGCCAUCGGUGAACGCUCCUUCUACUUCCAUGCGCCAACGUUCUGGAACCAGCUCCCCUUCCACAUCCGUCAUUGUGAACUCUCGUCCACAUUCAAAAAGUCCCUUAAAACCCAUUUGUUUAGGUCCGCCUAUGACCUGUGAUGCACCCUCCUUGCCCUGCCUCAUUUUCUGUCUCGGGUUGAUCCUGUAGUGUACUCGUUUUUAUAGCCAUUUUAAUGUUUUAGCUACUGUUUCUAUAGUCAUUUUUAUUGUAGUUACUAUUCUAGUGUCUCGGGUUUUUUCCUUUUUAUUUUACUUUAGAAGUUUAAAUAGUUUACAUAUUUUUAAUAAUUGUAAAGCGCUUAGAGCUGUAAGGUAAGCGCUAUAAAAAUUCCUAAAUAAAUAACGAGGUAGUUCUGCACAAGCUGUUAGUCAUUUAAUCCAAUCAGCAAAUAAAAUAGGAUCAAAGUGAGAUGAGCCUAAUGUAAGAUUAAGAUACCGGUAAUGUUAUAUCUGCUUAUUGUUUUUUUUCCACGUAAAUUAAAAAUUUAAUUUUUUAAAGAUUUUGAAUGAAGAAAGAAGUACAUUUGUUCCAUAUAAUGUGUGCUGUACACGUCUACCCAAUAAUUUAAUGCUCCAAGCCACAUUGAGCACGCAGGCCGGGGAUUAGCCAACCCUGGUCUACAGCAUCAUUUAAAUUUGUGAUAUGCUCAUGUUUAAGAUAUAGCUUUGCAUUUUUGGCAAAUAGCAACAUAUGCUGCACACUAUACCAGAAUACACUUUGUUACGUUCAGGCACGUCUAUGGUAAUGGUAGUGAAAUAAAGAGUGACUCCCUUGUAGGUGACUACACUAGACAGGAUUGUAAAUGUGCUAUAUGCUCUAACGUAUGCCACUAUAAGACAUAUUGCAUGUGUGACGGUUGGCUAUUCACAAUGUGUCAGAGCAGUGAUUUUCAAACUUCCUAAUGCCACAUCCCUUUAAUACGGUGUCUCAUGUUGUGGUGACCCCAAACAUAAAAUUAUUUUUGUUGAUAUUUCAUAAAUAUGUGCUUUUUGGGUGGUCUUCGGCGUCACCAGUGUAAGAGUCGUUCGAUCCCCAUUGGGGUCGCGACCCAUAUGUUGAGAACCGCUGUGUUGGAGUUUAAUGACAUGUCCCAAUUGUUGUCUAGAAAUCGCCUCACUGCUGGGUACCUAAUAUAUUAGUGACCUCUAACGAUUUAAAAGACCAUUUGGAAAUUUUAUCAGAGUUAAGUCUAAACUGUUACAUUAAAUGAUUAUCUCUUAAUUAUGUUAUCGAUACUUUGAAUGUAUAGAAUCA